AGAGUUCCUACAGCCAAACAGUCCCUUAUCGCUUGUGUGAGGAUAAGGUUUUGGAUUAAAGGCCAACCUCUUCUCACUGUAGCGGAAGAAGAUAAUUGCUCUUCCUUCCUCUGCUGCUUUCUUACCCAAUACUUUAUCCAAUGCUAAAAUGGCUUCCUUCUUGAGUUCUCCACCAUUUCUCUCCCACCCACCAACUAGAACUCAUCACUUUUCGUCCUCAUCACAAACGCCACCUCCUCGUACUCCACCUUCACAGCUACAGCCUCCAACUCCACCACCACAGAAGCUAAGCGCAUCCUCGUCUGAACAGCAACCACCGGUCCCCAAGGUACAAAAACAGAAGCCUGCUAAACCUACCACCACUGUAGAAACCACAGACUGGAUAGCUUCUUCCUUGACCAGACGCUUUGGCCUAGGUGCAGGACUUGCAUGGGCUGCCUUUCUUGCCUUUGGAGUAAUUUCUGAACAGAUUAAAACUCGCCUUGAAGUUUCCCAACAAGAAGCAAACACAAGAGAUGUUGAGAAUCAAGAAGAGGUUGUGCUGCCCAAUGGCAUAAGAUAUUAUGAGUUGAGAGUUGGAGGCGGCACAUCUCCGAGGACAGGGGACCUGGUGGUGAUUGAUUUGAAGGGGAAGGUUGAAGGCAGUGGAGAAGUGUUUGUUGACACAUUUGGUGGGGAGAAGAAGCCUCUAGCACUUGUGAUGGGAUCAAGGCCAUAUAGCAGGGGAAUGUGUGAGGGGGUAGAGUAUGUGUUGAGAUCAAUGAAGGCGGGGGGGAAAAGGAGAGUGAUUGUUCCUCCAAGUUUGGGGUUCGGAGAGAAGGGAGCAGAGUUUGGUACAGGCCUGCAGAUUCCACCCUUUGCCACUCUUGAGUACAUUGUUGAGGUUGAAAAAGUUUCCAUUGCACCGGCAUGAAUAUU